AAAAGGAUGGUUAACAAACUCGCAGGACGUGGGAUUGCUUAUCACAACUGGCCGUAUGGUGUUCUGCUCCCGGGUGAAGAAUGCUCCACUUUGCCAAACCAAAAGGCAUUUCCGAUCUCAUCAUAGCAGAACAUGCAAAACUUGUCUAGAGCCUUCAAGAUCAAGGCGCUGAACAUUUAUAUUUCAAGUCCGAGCCUCAGAUGAAACCUGUCAUCCUAGGCGUCACGCCUUCACCAGAUUCUCACCAUGCAUUUGGACGGAGAACAUUCUCAAACCAGAAGAUGGAUAAUAAAGGCCUACCCUGCCGAACCAAUCCUACCAUAAGCCUCGUCAAGAAGAACAAGAAGGACCAACGUAGACUGCGCCAUCAGCCAAGAGUUGGGUCGUCAACAACCAUGACGCUUUGGCCGAUCACGACAACUCACCCUCGAAAAAAUCCGGUCAUCCGGAAGGAAUGAGAAUGGAGGUAGUAAUCCGCAGUCGACCAUCAGAAGCGAAAAAGCGCAACAAAGACAAGGCCAGCAGUGUUGAGCACACCGGCAGCAAUGCCGUUUUGGAGAAGGAGGGCAAGCAUAGGGUCAGUGACAGAUCGGAAGGCUCUGACGCAAGCCUUUAGGUUGGGCCAUCCCAUAGCAAGUGCAAGGCCAAGGGAUCGAUGUCCAAGCAUACAGCCAGGAAGCGACCUCGUUUGUUGGGCCCCAAAAAGGAUAAGAAGUCGGUGUGAAAGGUGGUAGGAUCAGCUCAGCGAUGAAGGGGAAGGGAAGAGAAAUGUCUCGCAACACUCUCACCCUUUAGGUAUCGUUUAAUAUCAUGUUGUUCCCCCCUUCCAUAGCUGCGUCAUUUUGUUGCUACUAUGUUUGCUGUCUCGCUUUGUUAUAUCAAUUGAUAAAUACCACUGUCAAAUUCUUCG